GAUUGACGAACACUAUAUAAUCUCAGGCUGUGCCUGUCUGGUAAACUGUACUGGUGUUCCAAAAACUCUAAACCUAACAUUUGCUCAGGCAAAGAAAAUUAGUAAGAAGUUGAAUCUCUCUUUGCUGACAUACAACAUUUUGGAUGCUGAAAAGAUAUCAGCGUUGGGAGAUGCUCUGUUGAAUCUUGCGUAUGUGAGAUUGGGUACGAAAAUUGGUAUCCCAAUGUGUCCACGAUCAAAAAACUAGGAAAUAACAAAAAGUAAGAAUGAAGAAAUUAUCAAGUAAAUCACAGGCCUAUGCGUCGAGUCAGGAAGAUAGCGAGAACGAUAGCGACGAGACAGAAUGUAGUAUUGGGAGUAAUUCGACUGCUGGUACUCACAGGAGUGACACACCAACGCGGAGUACAAGAUUUCGGCGUAAGGGUCGUCGCAAGAACAAAGCAACGAAAACAAAGCCGGCCAAUGACAAGCCAUUGUACAAAUAUUGUUGCAGCGUGAAAGAAGAUCACGGACAACCCCUGUUCGGUGUGCAGUUCAAUCACUAUUUAAAAGAGGGAGAACCAAUGAUAUUUGCAUCGGUGGGGAGUAACAGAGUGAGCAUUUGGGAGUGUCCGGAAGGUAGUAACAUUAAACUACGGCAGUGUUACGCGGACCCGGACGUUGAAGAGAAUUUUUAUACUUGUGCGUGGACUUACGACGAUUUGGGCAAACCAUUGUUAGCUGUAGCGGGCUCACGAGGAGUCGUGAGAGUCAUAAGUCCAGUGACCGCGACUUGUAUAAAGCAUUACAUCGGUCAUGGCCACGCGAUAAACGAAUUAAAAGUUCAUCCAAACGAUCCGAAUAUAUUAUUGUCAGCAUCAAAGGAUCACGCCCUGCGACUUUGGAACAUAAAAUCAGAUGUUUGCAUCGCUAUUUUCGGAGGCGUCGAGGGUCACAGGGACGAGGUCCUGAGCGCUGAUUUCGACAUGCAUGGCACUCGUAUAAUAUCGUGCGGCAUGGAUCACGCAUUAAAAUUAUGGUCCCUCGACAAGCCCGACAUGCAAGAAGCCAUAAAACAAUCGUACUUUUGCAACCCAACCCGAAACAGUCGUCCCUUCGAUUCGGUGUUGCAACAUUUUCCUGAUUUCACGACUCGCGACGUUCAUCGUAAUUACGUCGACUGUGUUAAAUGGUUCGGUGAUUUUAUACUGAGUAAGUCUUGCGAAAAUUGCAUCGUUUGCUGGAAACCAGGACGUCUCGAAGAUUCGCAAUUGAGAAGCGGCGAAACGAGCGCAACUAUUUUACACCGUUUCGAGUUCAAAGAGUGCGAUAUUUGGUUCGUUCGUUUUUCAACCGAUUUUUGGCAAAGGACUAUAGCUCUCGGUAAUCAGGUCGGUCGUACUUAUGUUUGGGAUUUAGACGUCGAUGAGCCGGGCCAAGCGCGUUGUUUCUCACUCCAGCAUCCACGAUGUACAGCUCCCAUAAGACAAACGAGCCUUAGUCGAGAUGGCUCAGUUUUACUCUGCGUUUGUGAUGAUGCGACCGUUUGGAGAUGGAAUAGAGAUCAAUAAUGAAUCUUCAGUGCCAUUUUCUCUUUUUAUUAACACUCGUGGAAUGGACAAAGGCAACAUUGACGACUGUGAACUAUACAUUUUGUGUGCGCGAUAAGCGACUAAGUUGCUCGAACGUUUACUGUUUAACAAUAUUGAACUGUUCACAGUUUCUACGUCUACGUAGUUUAGUUAGGCACUGUGUUUUUUUUUCGUCGAAUUCUCGACUUCGAUAUCGAUCAAUGAACAAUGGAACUGAUUACAAUCACUACGCCAAUCACGCGUAGAUUUUAGUUAGGAAUUGUGUAUUAUCGUUUUUAAUUUUUCCUAUGUAACUUUUGACAACUCUGGUAUCGAUAUUGCAGCUAUAUUUUGUACCAUUCGAAUGCUGUUUUAUAUCGUACAAAUAUUCCUCACCGGAAUGAUGAAUUGUCGACAGGUUUUAUCGAUAAAUAGUGAAACUCGUUAGAUAUAGUUAUUUUUACGUAAUAAAUAUUCAUAUUUUCACCGAAAA